AUGAACUAGACCCAGCCUAAGCCCAAGCGGAUGCCCCGGACCAAAUAAUUUUAAUUUUUGUGGCUUCUUUUUCUUUCCAAAUCCUUUGCCGAACUGAAAACCACAUAAUUUUGCCCAGGGUAAGCAUUUGCGUUAGCAUCCUUGCCUCUCUGCUUCUCUCUUUUUCUCUGAUUUGAAGCUUUGGAAAACCCCGUUUGUCUGGAGAUACCCAGGUCAGCUCCUACUUCUCUCCUUUUCUUUUCUUUGUUAAUAGCUUACAACCAAUUUCUUGCAACCCUCCCUCACGCCCAUCCUCCGCCACCCCCCAGUAUCAAUCAUUUUUCAUUGAUUAUUGAUGGAGGCAAUAAUAAAGAAAUAUCAGCAGAAAUUCAGAAAAGCAAAAGAUGAAAUGAGUAAAUGGGACGAGCUUCAAUCUCGCUUAAUCUCUCAGUUUAGAAAUGCUACUUCCAUCAUUGCCAGAUUAGAGAUUAUUCAAAAUCCAAAAAAUUAUGCGAGUUUAAAUUCUGUUGGGGGCAUUGAAGUUGCAGUGUUGCGAAAGCAGAUGGAUACUUUGCAAACCAUUUUACUUUCAAUGAAAAAUACUAUGGAUGACUUUCGCUCUAUUGUUCUUUCCCUGGAGAAACUUCAACAUGAUGGUAAACAGCUUGCAAAAGGUAGUUCUAAUAAGAUGAACAGGAAGCAACUGCAACAUAGAAUUGGCAUAAAACCGUCUCUUACAAAUUGCAUAGAUGGGCUUGUGCUUCUCCAUGAAAUGUUCCUUGCCGAUUCCAGUGAUCUAGGUGCACUUCAGCAACUUUUGGUUGAUCAACCCAAUAUACUAAACGAGGAAGGACAAAGUAAGCAUUUCCACAAUUCCAUCUCAAUUGUGUACACUUUACAAAGACAGAGUAAACAACAAAGAAUAUUGGACAGCUCAACAAGAAUUAGAUCAAAGUAUAUUUUCUUGCAAAGAAUAUGCUAUUGAUUUAGAAAGGACGGUAGGAAUCACUUUUUCGGUUUGCCAUGCCCUCAUAGAGUUCCAAAUCUCCUUUGCAUUGUUAAGCUGAGCCUGAUUACCUUGAUCCUGGUGAAGCCACUCAUCAUUAAUAGCAGCCAUUAGUCCUUUCAAUAGAUAUUGUAGAUAAUGGAUAUUAAUAUAUACAUUCAUGUUAUUGAAUUGAAAAAAUUACCGUUUAGCCUUGUUUGGAAGUAUAUACAGAAUGGUGUUAAAGUAGCUUCAAAUUAUCAAAUUAUAUUUGCAACAAAUGUGAUUAUUAGCUUUAUACUAGCAAUGAUUGUGAUUGGUUCGCUAUAUAGAAGUUUGACCUAUUUCUUUUCCUUUUUUGAAUUCUUUUGCGUCAUGGUGAUAUUAAUUAUAUAGAAUUUGUAUGUGAGCAGUCAUAACUUGUUAUUUAUAUAUCUAUCUAUCUUCUUCUUAUCGUUUCCUAAAAAAAACAAUGGUUUAUAGAAGUAUUAUUAUUACUUGUCUUUUUUUUUUUUUUUGCAGUUUGAUCAUAUUGUAUUUCUGCAUAUUAGGUUCUAACAUC